CGUUGUAAGGGAUGACAUGAGCUCUUUCGCUCCGCGGGAAAAUUGCAUUUCCGCGUUCUUGAACUUCCGCGUAUUAGCCUACCCUUUCGCGAUGCGUUCGAUCGGGUCAAUUCGAUUUUCUUCCGCACACAACCCGGCUGUCACUUUUUCAUUGCCAGUGUCACGAAAUUAAUCACCGGUUCGCAAGGGUAGAAAAAUUGGGGAGGGAACGGGACGGCGGGAUAGGGGUCAAUGAAAAGAACUGAGUCAUACACACGGGAGAGAGAGGGGACGAUUGGGAAUGGCGGGGAUCAGAGAGAGAAAAGGGGUGUUUGACCUUGGUAUAAGUUGCUCCAUAAUCCACGGUGGAGCGGAGUGGGGGGAGACGGCGGUGACCAGUCAGCGACGAGCGACGGGGAACGACGUCGGUGUGAGCGUCGCGACGGCUUCUAGUUCAGAUGAAAUCCGUGGAGCAGCUUUCUCGAGCACCAUUUUUGAUAAUCGCGAAAAGUAAACAACAGCGGAAUGUGGAAAUGGUCCGUCUGUCCGGACAAAGAGAGAAAAUAGAAAAGUGCAGUGUCUGUGUCGGUCGUGUUUGAAGUCCUCGGUCCUCGCGAUUUGACCGAGAAAGUGUUCCAACUAAUCAAAAUAUUUUGUCUUUGUUGAUCUGUCGCUUGCACUAAUUAAAUGUUACGCUUCAACUGCGCUAGCGCUUUUCGAAAAUUUUACGGUAGAUCGUGCCUAGACAAGGUAUCGAGUUCGGUAGUCAACUCAUGAAGUGAAACUAAUUUUCAUCCUGUGUUACAUUCCAAUAACGUUUCUUCAUAUUAAUGUUAAAUUGUAAGGUCAAUCUGUAGAUAAGCGUGUCAGCUUAUGCUCCAAAUUUAGUGAUUUUCAUCCACUUCUAGUCUUUCAAAAUGGAUUGUGGCGUUGCAUCAAAUUAUUCCAAUGCUGGUUCUGCCUCUCAAAAUUCAGCCGCAUCACCAAACGGCAUGAGAACAGAGCGGAGUCCCUCUAAAAGUGGACUUCAUGUUAACUUUUCGGAGAAAGGUGAAGUGAAGGAAAAGCGAGAGAAGUUCCUGACGGCCAAAUAUGGAUCUCAUCAGAUGACACUAAUAAGGAAGAGACUGGCAGUAGAAAUGUGGCUCUAUGAUGAACUACAGAAAUUAUAUGAUAAAUUGCCAGAUUCAACAGAGAGUGCAGAUGUUGAAGUAGAUAUUGAUGAAUUACUGGACAUGGAUAGCUGUGAAGAAAGGAGGAAUCAUCUACUUAAACUCUUGGCGACAUGUAAUAAAUCACCUCAUGAAAUAAGUAAUUUUAUGGAGGAACUUCUUGCCAAAAUAAAAACUCUGUAAACUACCUUCAUGAUGGAGCGGUAAUCUUCAAGACGUUAGUUCGUUCAUUUGUCAUCUCAUUCAGUAUCUUUAGUAUUUAAAAUGCCUCUUUUGAAAUGCCACAAGGUUUUUUUCUUGUUUGAGAUAGAAAUUAUUUAUUUUAUAUCUACUCUUAUUUUAUUUUUCAACUAUUUUUUAAAUUUGUAUUUAUUUGUGUUUGACACAUCGUAGUUUCUUCAACCAGACCCACCUAAUCAUCUGUCAAGGGCUCUUCUGUGAAACAAGUUUUAUGAGUUGCAAUCAGAUAUCAGCAGAACCUUCAGCAGCCUGAAAUUUUAUCCUAAGCGGUUUUCCUCUAGCAUUUAAUUUGAAUUGCUCCCUCCUUACCAUCAAUUAUCAAAAGGAGGUUCCAACUUAUUUUUAAAAAAAAUGAAAUGAUGUCAUAUUCAUUUUAAUAAGAGUUGUCCUCCUGUCACUUGUUUAUUUUGUGACUUUAGUUUGCUCAUAAUUUAAAUAUUUACUUAAAUAGAAUUUAAGGAAAAGAUAGUGAAGAAGGCUUUUGCUACAAGGAAAAGAAAUGUCCUUAUAAUUUCGGUUGUAUGACCUAGAAAGUCAUGCGUCUCAUUUGGUUGCCCUAUCCAAACGUUUAUCUGGCUCAUAUAUUUGGACGAUAUUUAGUAAUUUAAACUUAAUUGCAUUUAAAUAAGAGCUGUAGGUUGCAUCAAUUAUCUUACAUAGUAGGUAUCUCUGCUAAUGGGGAAAGCACAUAGAUUUCUUAAGCUAUGAAACGAUCAGUUUUCUCACAAAAAUUGAUCGAUUGUUCAACAAUUUAUGUAACUGUUGUUUAACCAAAAAAUAGUCAUAAGAACACCAGUUUCUUUUAUUCACUCUUGGGUUUUAAUACUCCAUGGAAACUUUUCAGAGUAUCAUGAUUUGCUCAACUUAAUACAAUGCAUGUUGUUUUUCACUGUAUUAUAUAGUUUUUGUAGAGGACACUUCUUCUGCUCUUCCAGCCUUGAAAUGUGCUUCUUUAACACGGAAACGCAAAGUCCAAGAUUUGUCCUAUGUCUUUAGUGGAGAUCAAGUAAUUUGAUCAUAAGGGAGAAUGUUGUAUUUACUUAAGUAUAAUUUUUGUAAUGCACCUAAUACAGAUCUCUGUGCAUUUGAAAUAAUCACAUUAGACUGAAGCGCAAAUGAUCUCGCUCAGUUUUUUGAAUGGCAAUCUCAUUCAGACUAACUGAAUCAAAUCUCAUUUUUACUACUCAAGCCUUAUAAUUUUAUUGAAGAUCGUAGUACAAGUUUCUCCCUCUUCUAAAUAUUUUUUUCCACCUUUAGAGAAAGAAAACUCAAGCUAAGGCUAUAAAACAUGAUUCAACUUUAUUGCAAAGAAAAGCUAUCCCCUUCUGAGAAAAUCGCAUUUUUUGACAAGAUCAUAUCUGUAUACCAAAUCCUUCGGCUACAAUUUUUUAUUUACAAGUAUUACAGAAACAAAUUAAACUACUUAAGAGCACUUUUGUUCGGUGCAAGAAAAUAGCAAGAGGGAAGUUGGGAUUAACCCCCCAUUUUUUUCGUGUAGCCUUUACAGAAGAGUCCUUCUUUUAAGAGUGAAGUUGGAUGCUGUUGGAAGGAAAUCUACAGAGCUGUGAAUUUUUAGCAUUCUCAAUUAUUGUGGAAGUCACUUUUGAAUUCAUAUCAUUUUAUUUCAAUGUUCUUAUACAAUUUUCCUUUUAAUAUUUUAUUUUAAUUUUAUUUUAUAUCGUUGAAACAAAUGUUCCAAUUUUAUUAUCCGUUCACUAUUUCAUAAGGCUUGAAACUCUUUUAUCGGUAGCCAGAGCCUAUGAGGCAUGAGCUUAUGUUUCUUGCCUCAAGUACAUACAUUUUUCAGCUAUUAUCCUCCUAGCCAAAGCAAGUAAUAAAAUAAAUUGUAAUUGUUUUGUGAUAUUUAAUUAAUACUAUCUAUUUCCUUGAUUGUGGCAUAAUGUCUGAUGUUUACUCCUUUGUCUUAUUCAAUUUCUCUCUGAAUCUCAUUUAAUAGGUAGUUUUUUUUCUUUUCAUUUUGUUUGACUAAUUUUCGAUGGUUAAAUUGCAGAAGUACAUUUCUCUGUCUGCCGCGUGGCAGAAUCCCUGUCUAAUUUAUUUUCCACUUUGAAAACUACGAAACAUCAUUUCUUGAAAAUUUUGUUUAUUCUUUUUCUCUAUGUGAAGAAUAUUCUAUAACAUUUUCGAGCCAUGAUAUUUUUUUGGUCUCUUUUUAAAAAAUAAAAUAGGAGCAGAGAUUUUGAAGCAUUGCAAGCAAGAUACUUAUUUUUGCAAUUCACCGCGGAUUUCCAGUCUCCGUGACCGUGCAUAAUUACUAAUAUUAAAGGCCUAAUGAAAUGCAAUGAAAGCACCCCUGAAUCAGGACUGAAUAACAUUAUAGAUUUAAAUAGUAUGCAAUAUGUUUUAGUGUUUCAAAUUUUGAACUCUUUAUUUUAAUUGAUUUUCCUUUUUUUUUAAAAAUUACAAUUUUUUACUUCAAAGCCAAGUGUUUUAUUUUUUAGCUAGGCUGUAGAUAAAUUAAUUUAAAUCCUUACUUUCCUUUUUAUCAUCAGUUUUACAAUGAACAGAGCCUGCUUGCUGGUCAAAGUUAAAAAUGCUCUGAUUCUGGCUUAUUGUCUUCAAAUAUUAUUGUUCAUCAUCGGAAUAAAUUGAUAGUGGGUUUAUUCUGUGCUAUGUUUUACUCUCAAAACGCCAAAUUCUUACCAGAAAUAAAAGGAAGAUUUAAAUCUCA